CUUCUUCUUCCACACAUCACGGAUCUGUACCCAGCCAAUCCUCUCGCCGCUGCUCUCUGCCCCCAGGUAGCGAGUACGUUGCUUGAAGUCGAUAGCUGCGGUAGCUCGGCCCAUUACAGAGCACAUUCGACUGCACACGCAGGUGGUGUGUUUCUGGCCGACAGGUCCCAGAGCGACGUUACCUUUUCGCGCGUGCUCGCCCUCGCAAGGGGACUUGAGCGCGUCUGCGGAUCUGUCUUCGAGAUACCAUAUUCCACUCCUCUCACUCAGGCCCUGGCCCAUGAAGUUGAGGCAAACCAUGGCAACCUACAAUUCUCUAUACCUACUUGGUCCCGCGCUUCUCGUCGAAGCUUCCGUCCAUCUAGAGCGCCCUGUCUUCGGUAUAGGUAGGCCUAAUGAUCGUCCCAGGUUAGGAGUACAAGGUGGCUGGCGGAGCUUGCGCCAACAUGGAUUAGUAGUAUUCCUAGAAGGAUGUAUGUUAGUGACGAAGCAUGAUAAUGGUUACUGCACAUAAGUGGCAAGGGCGCCAGGGGUUUGAUUUUGUGAUGGUGAGGCAUAGUAAGCGUUUUGAUGAGGCGAGAAGCACCGAAAAGAGCCAGGACUGAAAGUGAUGAAGACGUGCGAAAUAUCCGGCGCCGGCCUCACCUAGUGUUCUCGUACUACAGGGCAUACGACCUACUGAUUUCCCGCGCAAAAGCAAGAUGGGAUCCACGCCGGGGAUGACUCUGUGACUACCUGAUUCCUCCUACCAGCCGACCCUCUGGUUGAUUAGCGAGAGUAAAGGCGCCUGGGAAACCCGGCACUCUCCUUCUACUGUAUCUGGUAGGUCUAUUUCGGCAAGGACCAAUUUUACAGAAAUAAGAUAGAUAUCAGCUGGUCGGGCCAGCAAAAUUAGAACGCAAAAAAUAGGUAGCUAUCAAACGCGCUAUAGAUUAUACGGGGAGAGUGCAUUCGCAUAAAAGAAGGC